AUGGAUUUUGUUGAUUACAAAAAGCAUCAAAAUUUACCAAUCCAAUUCUGGGUUUCUGAUGGACUUUCCACUGUUACCUGGUUGUUCUUCUGUUUUGUGGCGGUUUCCGGUAAGAAAGAGGGUGAAGAAGAUAAGCUUCUUCAACAACCCCUUCUGAAUAGUGAUUCUAGUGCUGGUUAUGGUAGAGAAUCAAAUAGACCCAACGGGGUUGAAAAUUUAUCCCCUUAUUCCAAUGCUAACAUUAUUAGUCUCCUCACCUUCACUUGGAUGGAUAAUUUGAUUGCCCUUGGCAACAAGAAAACAUUAGACCUUGAGGAUGUUCCUCAACUUGCCAGUGUUGAUAGUGUCAAAGAAGCUUUACCCAUAUUAGAAAGUAAGCUUGAGUCAGGUUGUGUCACUGGUAGUCAAGUAACCACACUAAUUCUAGUGAAGGCAUUGAUUUUCACCACAUGGAGAGAAAUUCUACUAACAGCUUGUUUUGUGCUUAUAAACACAUUGGCUUCUUAUGUUGGGCCUUACCUCAUUGAUACAUUUGUUCAAUACCUUAAUGGGCGUCGAGAAUUCAAAAAAGAAGGCUAUCUUUUGGUCUCUGCAUUCUUCAUUGCCAAGCUUAUCGAGUGUUUAGCACAGAGACAGUGGUACUUUAAGUUGCAGCAGGGUGGAGUUAGGGCCAGGGCGGCUCUAAUUGCAGUCAUCUACAACAAGUGCUUGACCCUUUCGUGCCAAUCAAAGCAGUGCCACACUAGUGGGGAGAUCAUCAAUUUCAUGGCUGUUGAUGCUGAGAGGAUUGGAGAUUUUAGUUGGUACAUGCAUGAUCCAUGGAUGAUAUUAGUGCAAGUUGCAUUGGCUUUGGUGAUCUUGUAUAAAAAUCUUGGGCUUGGUUCACUUGCUGCACUUAUUACUACAAUAAUAGUAAUGUUGGCAAAUGUUCCACCAGGGGGUUUGCAGAAGAAAAUUCNAUGGUGA